UUUGCAACCUCCUUUACUUCCUCAUCAGCUUCUAUAACCCUCACAGUCGCUUCAGUCUUGCGUGUGCAGUCUUUCGUUUAUCAUCACCUUUGGCAAUCCAGCUAGGUGUAAGGUUUAAUCUGGUUAUAUAUAAACAAUCUUGCCAAAAGUCAUAUUUGUUUAGCUAAUUGCACCUCACACUCGUUCAUCAGGCUAUCAACAUGAAGUCUGUGUCGCUUCUCGCCACCGUGGCCUUGGCUUCGUUGUCGAGUGCACAUCCUGGACCUGCUAUGCCAAAAUUGAUGGGUGGCAGAGAGUUCCUCCAAACAAUCAAAGGUCGCAAUGCCAUGCCAGCGCCAAUCGCAAAUCCCGUGCAUGUGGAAGAAAGAACACCUGAGAUAGGGCCGAGGGCGGGCGAUCCAAAUACUUGCGGUCCCGGUGUUGGUAGCUGUGUAAAUGCAUGCUGCUCUCCAGAAGGGUGAGUAGCUUCCUGUAAGCACGAAAAUUAUCAACUAAUGGAACUAGAUACUGCGGUACCACGGAAGAAUAUUGUGCAGCUCCAGAUUGCCAGUUCGAAUAUGGACCUCUUUGUGAUACACUCCAAGCUCCAUCUGGUGCUUCGACAGCAAAUAUCAAACGCCCACAUAUUGGCGAUGUUCCAUAUGGAGGAGCUGGUGUUUACGAUUGUCAGGUUGCUGGAGGUUUGUAUUUCUGGGCUCUUUGUGAUGGUAGGAAAUGCUGACUUAUUUACUUUUAUAGACAUUGCAUUCACUUUCGAUGACGGACCUUACCUUUACACUAAUGACCUUCUAGACAAACUUGCAGCCUAUGGAGCUAAGGCUACCUUUAUGAUCACCGGUAACAACCUUGGCAAAGGUGCAAUUGAUACCACCCCAGAGUAUGUUACUGUUAUCAAACGUAUGAUUGCCGAAGGUCAUCAAGUCGCAUCUCACACCUGGGGUCACCAAAAUUUGACCUCCCUUGAUCCAACGACGUUCAAAAAUCAAAUUUACUAUAAUGAGAUGGCCUUCAGAAACAUUCUCGGGUAUUUCCCAACUUAUAUGAGACCACCCUAUUCUGAGUGUAACGACACUUGUGGUGACCUUAUGGCAGACUUGGGCUACCAUGUGACUUAUUUCGACGUGGAUACCGAGGGAUAUUUGAAUGAUGCUGCAAAUCUCAUUCAAAAGUCCAAGAACAUUUGGGAUGCCGCUAUUGCUACCGCCAAUCCCGCUACAGACAAUUACCUGGAAAUCGAGCACGAUAUCCAUUAUCAGACCGUCUAUAACCUUACCGAUUACGUUCUCGCUUCCAUGUACUCCCAUGGAUUUAAGUCGGUUACCGUGGGAGAUUGUCUCGGCGACCCAUCUCAAAAUUGGUACAGAAGCGGUGUCCCUAACGCCGCCGUCCCUACACCAAGUCAACAAGUUUCCGAUGACGGUUCCUGUAAUGCAGAUAUUACAUGUCUUGGUUCUAUCUAUGGAAACUGCUGCUCACAACAUGGAUGUAAGAAUUGUCGUUAUGUACUCUCACUUUAUAUUUCCUCAUUUACUAACGCAAACUCAAAACUAGACUGUGGAAGUACCACUGAUUACUGCAGUACUGGCUGCCAACCCAUUGCAGGAACCUGCUCAGCAUCCACUACCUCCACCAAAAAAUCCACAUCCACAGCUACUACAUCCGCCGCCAUUGCGACUUCUACUUUGAAAGUUAGCACUGAUGGAUCAUGUGGAGGUACUAAACAGAAGACUUGCCAGGGAAGCAGUUAUGGAAAUUGUUGUAGUACGCAUGGAUAUUGUGGAAGUAGCACUGCUUAUUGUGGCACAGGAUGUCAAAAGGGUUUUGGUACUUGUACUUAGGGGGUAAGUUUGAAGAGGAGCAUGGAAUUAGAGGGGGCUUUUACUUUUGUUGUAGAUAUUUUAAAUAUUUUGGAUGAGGGUUAGUAUUUAUGACUAAAUAUAAUAAGUAUUGAAUAGAAUAAUAAUAUAG